AUGACAAGCAACUUCGUCCCAGUUGCAGUUCUGGCUAACCAGUUGGAAUCGUGCAAUGGCUCCGACUUUCAAAUCCUGUUAAGACACUUGAGAUCUCAGAAUUACAUCAAAGAGAAUUUACUUAAAUCUGAAUUGUCUCUUUUAUCUACAAAGAUCCUAAAACUGUUAAACUCUGGUAACAACUACCAACUUUGGAAAGGUUGCCAUGCGGCAACCGUUAUUUGUUCAUACAAUCCAUUAGUUCUAUGUUCAUUUUCUGGACAAUUUUUGGCAGCUGUCUACUCUAAAUUAGAGCAAAAAGUGAACUAUUACAACUCUAUUAUUGACACCCAAGAAGGUAAAGUCAUCUUAGAAUGUUUAGUGUCAACAUCUUCUAUCUUAAUGGAUCAAAUGAGAAAUAAACCAACUGUCUCAAGAGAAGGUUUAGUUCCGAAAUUAAAAGCUAUCAUUCCAACUUUCAUUACUUUAUGCCAAUACCAACCAAAAUUAUGUUUACCUGUUUUAAAGAAUUUAUUGUACAAAAACUCUACGACUUUUAAACCUUUUGUUAAUAAAUACCGUGUUGUAUUAACUAAUUUGAUAAAUAUUGAUUACGAUACUUUAGACAAAGAAACUCAAAAAUUAAUUUGUGUUAACUAUGCUUAUUUACAUUUGAUAAAAAUCCAAGCAACUGCAGCUAAUGAUGAUGAUGCCACUAAAGCUCAUCAUAAGCUUCAUCAAGAUGAAGCAUGGAGAACUGGUUUGUUUUCUGUACUAGGCCAAUUUAAAGAUGUCUUUGAAUUAUGUGGAGAAAUUUUAGAUUUAGAACAUGAUAAAGAAUUAUAUAAAUUAAUUGAGAGUUUGCCUACUGACUUAAGCAAAACAGAUAACAAAAGUCUAUUGGAACUAUCAAAUUUGAAUUUAGACAUGAAUAAGCCACUUUCUUUAUGGAAAAUUCCACAGCGUUUGAACCUAUUAGUUGAUUUGUUAUCUGCUUUUAUUUCAUUACCAACACCAUACCCUGUCAGAAUUCCGAUCGGUGGUAUCAAUGCUGUCUGUGAAAGUGCAUUAUCUUUGACUCAGAACUUCAUUCCAUUGAAACGUGAUUUACGCCGUGAUAGGGAACUAACUGCUGUCAUCAAUCUUGUUUUAUCAUCAGUUCAGUUUUCAGGUAUAAAGUUGUGGAAAGUUAUGAUUGAUAGUUAUGGUAAACACUGUUUGUCCUAUUUACCAAAUAUAUUAAGUUCAUUGGAGUUAUUCAUACCAUUACAGCAAAAAUCUACCAAGAUUAAUUUUGAAGCCUGCACAGAGCUUAAGUCACAGUUUUUAUUAUUAUUUUCAAUAAUGAAUUCUCUAUCAAAACAUGUCGGUCACCAAUUAAAUGAACUUGAUUUAAUUAAUAAAUUGAUUGAUGUUUCAUUAGUUUUAGUUGAAGAUUCAUCUCUGAUCGAAACUUUAUUUGAUAACAUUGAAAAAUCCAAAAUUGAUGCCUCUAAAACUGGCAAAAGCAAAUCAAAGAAAUCUCAAAAUAGAGACAAAAUUGGUACAAUUACUGAUAUAUACACUCAUCCGUCUCAAUUUGUUAUAAAAGAAUCAUUAGUCUUAUUUGAUGAAGUUAACAGUUUCUUAUGUUUUGUCUUAAGUAAUUGGAAACUAAAUGCUACACAACAUGUGAAAAUAAUAAAUUAUUCAAUCUCUAGAUCAUUAAGUUUUAAACAAACUAUAAGAAAAAUUCCAUCUUCUUUUGUUAAAUUGUUGAGAACUGUUACAAUCUAUCCAGGAUCAGAUCAUAUUUCUAUCUUACCAAUUGCUGUGGACCUACUAAAAGAGUUUGGAGAUCCAAUAUUUGAUGUUAUGAUUCACCCUAGAUUGCCAAUGUCCAUUAUUCAUUCAGUUGCUAAACCUCUGUCAAUUGAGGUCAAUGACAUAAAAGAUGAUGAUGUUGAAAAUGAACAAAGCGAUGAUCAGACGAAAUUAAUGGAUAUGUCUAACGCUGGAGAAAUUUCAGAAUCUCAAGAAAAUUCCAAACUUAAACAGAUGAUUGAAGAUACUAAAAAUUCUUCAAAAAUAGUUGUUGAUGAAACUAAACUAUUCAAGAAAAGAUCAAUGCAAGAAACUGAAAAGUUGGAAGAAUCAAAACGUAUCAGAGUUGAUCAAACUUCAGCUCCAGUGACUAUUAAUCAACUAGAUGUGGAAGUUACAAAGUAUCCAGAAGCUGAACAAGUCGAAAAUGUCAUUAUAAGUAAUACUGUAGUAGUAGAAGAAGAAGCUGCUCCAGUAAAUGAAUCUGAAGAUGAAGAUUCUGAAUUUGAAAUUCCAGAUAUUGUUCUAAGUGGAGAUGAGGAUGACGAAUAA